AUGUCCAAAGCUAAAAUUGCAAUCAUGAACAACAUGUGCAAGUCAGGAAUUAGCACAUUCCAGGUUUAUGCUUUGCUAGCAAAUCAAUGUGGUGGUUUUAACAAGUUGAACUAUGAUCCUAGAGACCUGUACAAUCAAAUAGCUAAUAUGAGGCGUGAGAUUCCAGAGAAUGUGGGUAGAGCAUUAAAUUUUUUAGAGGAGAUGGCUGCAAAGGAUAAAUCUUUAUACUACCAAGAGCUUCGGGCGACGGAUGGAAGGUUACUAAAUCUCUUUUGGUGUGAUGGUUUAUGUAGAGAGAACUAUGAAUUAUUUGGAGAUGUUGUUGCAUUUGAGGCUACAUACAACCAAAAUAAAUAUAAGUGUCCUUUUGUUGUGUUCACAGGUGUCAACCAUCACAACCAAAUUGUUGUCUUUGCUGCAUGCCUUGUAACAGAUGAGACUGAUGAGACUUAUAUAUGGGUGUUGCAACAAUUUUUGGAGGCAAUGAAUGGUAGAGCCCCAUCCUUUGUGAUAAUUGAUGGGGCAAGGGCGAUGAAGAAUGCGAUUGAGAAAGUAUUCCCUGGUACUCACCACAAAUUGUGUGCUUGGCAUCUCCUGCUUAAUGCAACGACAAAUAUGUGUAGUCCUCGUUUCACAUCUAAGUUUAAGGAUUGUAUGUUAGGAAAUUACGAAAUUCCAGUGUUUCGUAGCAAGUGGAAAACAUUGGUAGAGGAAUUUGGGGUUGAGGAAAAGGAAUGGCUAAAUAAAAUUUAUGAGAAACGUCGAUCAUGGGCAACAUGUUACAUCCGAGGGAAGUUCUUUGCUGGAUUUAGGACUACUGCGAGGGUUUGCAUUUAUUGA